CCCGCCUCCAGUCAAAGUUCAUACUCUUGUGUGAUUUGUUGUUUCCUGCAAAACUGCAAAUCUCACUUGAAAUCAUUCUUUUCCCUUCAGUCAGGGAGUGAUUAUUUUCAACACCAUUGUGGUUGCUUCAGGAAAAGGCAUGAAAUUGUUAUACUUUCUUUUCUGGAUUGCUGAUACUGUGAAGCUGAUAUUGGGAAAAUGGCUACCCCUUGGAAGUGUGAUGCAGUCUUUAAAAUCUAAAGAGAAGCAGGAAGAUUCCCAGCCGAAAUGCACUGAAAAAAGGGAAGGAAUGAGUCUAGACAUCAUUCCGGCCUAUAUUUUUCAGUUUCCUGACUUCAUAAAAGCAAAAGCAAAAAGUCUUCAAGAAUAUGCACACAACAUGUGGCCUGUCAAAUCUAUAGAACGUUUCCUGAGAAAAUGCUACGGAAAGGCGCAAAAUACAUCUAAAGGCAUUUCCUUCUAUAUUCGUGAAUUUGUGAGGUUGAUAACAGAAUGUCUACAGCUUCUGAAAACCAAAGGCAUUUUUUCAUGCAUUCGUGACUCUGUGAGAUGGACAGUGAAAAGACUCGUGGGUAUAAUCUAUUUUUCAUUGUUUCCUGAUUUAAAGUCAGAAAAUGAUGAAUUAAAGAGAGAAAUAGAACAACUGAAGGCAAAAAUAGAAUUUGCAGAUGUCCAUCUCUACAGAGCUAAUGUGGUCUUGGACCCCAAGACAGCUCACCCAAGACUGAACGUUUCAGAUGGAAAAUGUUUUUGGGACACAGGAAUCAUAUCUAAGGUUCCUAACUAUGAGGAGAGGUUCGACUCCCAUACAUUUGUUCUGGCAAAAGAAUGUUUUUCCAAAGGAAGACAUUACUGGGAAGUGGAAGUUGGCGAGAAAAGAAAGUGGGAUUUAGGGGUUGCCUCUGAAUUUGCUCAUAGAAAAGGGGAGAUCACUCUGUCUCCUCAGAAUGGCUACUGGGUUAUAGGACUCGAAGGUAGAAAAAAUUAUUGGGCUCGGACAGAACAAUGGACCUAUCUUAAAGUGAGUGGGAAGCCAACGAAAAUAGGGAUAUUCCUAAACAUGCCAGCUGGAAGCCUAUGUUUUUAUGAUGUCCACAAUAACAGGAAGUUAUACACAUUUUCUAUUUGUUGUUCUGGGAAGCUGUAUCCCUUCUUCUCUACAGGCUCUGUAGCUGCAGAGCUAGACAGCCAGCCACUGAAGAUUUCCCCAUGGCUUAAAGAAGAUGACAUUGUUGAGGAAGAUAGGAAGAAAGCAAACAUCUCAGAGAUGGCUCAGGAUUAGUGUAAAUCUUUCGUUUAAUGAAAACAGCAGGAGAGAAGUAGAAGCGGUUUUAAAAAACCUAGACCAAAAGCAUCCUUGUUUAAAGGGUUAUAUUAUCACAACUACGGGGGAAAAUUCUAACCAAAAGGAUGCAACUUUUUAAACAUAAAAUUUAGAAUUUUUUGGUGGGAAAAUUCAUUAUGUAAUUACAGAAACAGAAUGGAUUUUCUGUGUACUUUUCUUGUGACCAAUGUAAACAUCUGUCAACCUCUUUACAUAAUAGUUUGUGUUGUAGCAAAUAUGAAUUGAACAUAAUUGAACUUAGCACUCAACUAUUUGUGUAUUAACUGGCUUGAACUUCCCUACAAAAGGAAUAAAGGAGUAUGCAAAAGCUAGUUUUAAUGCUUUUUGUUUUGUUUUAAAAGAUGUGACCAGUGGAACACUUUUGCAACCUGAAGAAUGUGUUUGUAACUUAGAUAAGUGUUUUCUCUAAAAAUAUAUUUUUAAGCCCAUCUGAGGCAAUAUACAUUAAAAAAAAUUACAGGCAAACCAGGCAGACACUGAGGGUAAUCUAUAAUUUACAUUA